AUGACUGAACCAAAAGACUUCAACAAAGGCGUCACCAUUCCUGCAUCGGAUGGCAGUACCUUGAAAGUGGGUAUUGUGCGCACACGCUGGAACGAUGCUGUUGUCAGUCCAUUAGAGGAAGGUGUUCUGGAGUCGCUGAGGAAGUGCGGAGUCAAAGAGGCGAAUAUCGUCACUGUAAAUGUGCCUGGCGCGUAUGAGCUUUCGUUUGGUGCCAAAUCGUUGAUCAAGCGGGACCCGUCUAUUGACGCUGUGGUGUGCUUGGGGACGUUGAUUAAGGGUGAAACCCACCAUUACGAGUAUAUCUGCUCGGCUUGUUCUGCGGGCAUCAGCCAGGUUGGCCUCGAUACGGGCGUGCCUGUAGUAUUCGGCGUGCUAAUGUGCUUGACAGAUGAACAGGCGCAGAAGCGGGCGGGCAUUGGUGCUAACUCCCAUAAUCAUGGCUUGGAUUGGGGACUGACUGCUGUAGAGAUGGGCAAGAUGCGUUUCUAUGCUUAG